AUGGGAAAUCAUCAUAUUCCAACUCAAAUCAAGGACAUAGCGCUAGAACUUUGGACUCUAGGAUGGGAGCUGAGCGACAUCUGCCAUAUCUUUCACGUUUCACCUAGCAGCCUCUACCGCUGGCAUAACCUUUUCGAAACAUUCGGGACACCUGCAAAUCGACCGGCACCCUUCCGUGGACGUCCACGUAUUGUUAGCCUUGCGGCCCUUGACGCCAUCCAUGUCCUUCUGAAAUCCCAUCCUGAUACCUAUCUUGGCGAGCUACAGUGGUACCUAGCAAUUCAUCAUGAUCUUCCUAUAUCCAUCUCUGCACUCCAACAGAAUCUUGUCAGAGCUGGACUGACUCGUAAAGUUCUCCACACGAUUGCCUUGGAACGGGAUGAGCAGCGUCGGGCUGUAUAUCUAGCAGGAGUCACUAACCUGCGGUAUUCGCUGAUUGCGGCUAUGUCAAUUGAUGGAUAUAUUGCAACGCGGGUACAACCAGGGUCCUUCGACUCAUUUGGUUUCUUUGAUUUCAUCAUUGAAGAUGUUCUACCGCUUAUGAACCCGUACCCAGAGAAGCAGAGCGUAUUAGUUAUGGACAACUGCAGGAUUCAUCAUACCGACACCUUGAUUGAUGUACUCAAUGCGUCUCGUAAAUGUUAUGAUAUUGUAUCUUCCUCCUUAUUCUCCAGACCUCAACCCGAUUGA